AAAAUAUCCAUGCUCUUCAAACAUUACAAUAGCUAUAUCCACUUGCAGUACUGGAGGUUAAGUGUCCCAUCUGUUACCUGUCUAAUGGAGAGAGAGAGGGAGGGGAUAAUCAGCCCUGACCAAGACGUUAACUCCAGCAGGGAAGCAGGGAGGAGGAUAAGGAUUGUAAUUUCGGUCUAAGAAGAUUAACUUAGUAGAAGAGCUCACUCUCUAUCUGCAGUUUGCCUCACACAUAGUGAUGUUAUAAUGAGUAAAUCAUUGUUAGCUUGAUUUAAAUCGCAUGUUGAUGUCGACUGAUUGUAAUGAUUUCGCUUGGAGUAACGAUGAUUGUUGGAUUGGCUUGGCCUGGAUCGGUGUUGAAUUGGCAUCCUGCAUGUUAGGGCUGAAACGCUUUACUAGCGGAAAUGAAGACACGACCCACAGGCAGCACCUCCAAUGCCGACUGGAUGGGCUCUCUGUGCCCUGCCCUCACAUCAAUGCCCCUCAAGUACCUGGCGGUUCCUGGGUCUCAUGAUUCCUUCAGCUUCUGGGUGGAUGAGCAAGCUCCAGUCGGUCCAGACCAGAAAGCAUAUGUGAAGCAUCUAGUUGCGAUAUUCCGCUUUCUUGCCAAGAAGGUGAUGAAGAAGUGGUCCAUGACUCAGAACCUCACCUUCAGGGAACAGCUCGAGGGAGGAAUACGCUAUUUCGACCUGCGUGUGUCCACCAAACCAGGAGAACCAGGCCACGAGAUAUACUUUAUACAUGGGCUGUUUGGACACAAAGUACGUGAUGGCCUUAAUGACAUUAACAAUUUUCUGAACGCGCACAAGAAAGAGGUUGUUUUUUUAGACUUUAAUCAUCAUUAUGCAAUGAGCGAGGAGCAUCAUCAUUACUUAAUCAAGAUGCUGAAGGAUGUGUUUGGUCACAAGCUCUGCAAGAUUGAUGUGGUGGAGGAGAUCACUCUAAACUAUCUGUGGGAGAACAGGUACCAGGUCCUAGUGUUCUACCAUCAUCCAUCUGCCGAGGGCUGCCCUGUGAUGUGGCCUGGUAGUAAAAUUCCUGCUCCCUGGGCCAAUACCACAGACACCACCAAGCUCAUCCAGUUCCUGGAGACCACGCUGGGUGAACGAGCCAAAUACGGCAGCUUUCAUGUAUCUCAGGCCAUUUUAACCCCACGUGUCAAGACCAUCGCCAAGGGCCUGGUACGGGGGCUAAGAAACUACCUGGUGGAGAAGAACCUUCCAACCAUAAUGACAUGGGUGGAGGCACAAAAGCCAGGCAUAGAUGGGGUCAAUAUCAUCACCUCAGACUUCGUAGAACUUGUGGACUUCGCAAGCACUGUUAUUAGUUUAAAUAACCUCCUCCUACAAGAUCGACAGGGCACAUGACCUUUUCUUUGACUGAAGAUGUGCUGACCACAAAGAACUGGGGACACAUGGAGGUCACUGCAUGUGAUAUCAAGAGGUGACGGAUACCAUAUAAGUGCCAUUAGUCUGAUACCCAUGUUUUGCUAAUUUCACUGUAAGGUUUUUUUCUUUCUUUUUAACAGCACUUGUUCAUGUACGUUGUGUAUUGAAAAAAACUAAUGUGUGUAAUUAUUUAUGAUUAAUUAUAAUAUUUUAGGACACAUUUUAAUAAAUAUUAAAUGUUUAGUCUGUCAUAUAGAAAAUAUAUGAAUUUCAGAAUAUUGGGGCGAGAACAAACAGGCUCAGUGAUUUUUGUGUUGUAUCAUGAAAAAUAAAGUGUCAUGUAUUUUGUA